AUGCACCGAGCUGUCUCCAACCAGCGCUCGGGCUCCUCCUCCUCCUCCUCCGGCUCCUUCCAGCCGCCGCCGCCGCCGCCCGCUCACCCCGCCGCCGACCUGCAGCCCCUCUUCCUGGGCGGCCGCAGCCGGCGCGUGUCGGGCUCCAGCUCGGGCUCGGCCCGGGCCCGCAGCAGCAGCAGCAGCGGGGGCGAGGAGGAGGAGGAGAGCAUCAGCAAACCCCUGGUGUCGGCCCCGGCCGCCCCGGCCCCCGCCGCCUCCUCCCCGGCUUCCAGCAGCAGCUCGGGCUGCAGCAUGACGGCGGGGGAGCUGUACGGGGGCGCGGGCCCGGCCGGGGGGGCGGCGGCGGCGACCGCCGGAGGGCUGCUGUGGCCGGGCGGGGGCUCCGGCGGGUCGCGCUGGGGCUACAAGGCGCUGUCCCUGGUGCUGCUGCUGGGGCAGGGCGCGCUGCUGGACCUUUACCUGAUCGCCGUCACCGACCUCUACUGGUGCAGCUGGAUCGCCACCGACCUGGUGCUGGCGGCCGGCUGGGGCAUCUUCUUCUGCCGCAACAGCCGGGCCCGGCGCCGGGAGCGCCCCCCGCCGGGUCACCCUCCGCCCCCGCCGCUGCACCCGCUGCUGCUGCACCCCCCGCACGGCGGCCGGGGCGCGGGCCGGGCGGGGGGCCCCCUGCGGGGAGGGGACUUCGCCUACGCGCACCUGGCCUGGCUGAUCUACUCCAUCGCCUUCACCCCCAAGGCGGCGCUGAUCCUGGGCACCUCCAUCCUGGAGCUGAUCGAGCUGCGCCUGCCGCUGGGCACCACCGGCUUCCGCGUCACCCUGGCGCUCUCCGCCCCGCUGCUCUACUGCCUGCUGCGGGCCAUCGGCCCCGACGGCGCCGGCCAGUUGCUGCUGCCGCCCCAGCCCCCGCCGCAGCACCGCGCGGCCGCCGCCUUCCUGGCCACCUGCCUCGACCUGCUGGACAGCUUCACCCUGCUGGAGCUGGUGCUGCAGCCCGGCCGCCCGGCCCCGCUGCCCGGCCCGCUGCGCUACCUGCUCAUCGCCGUCUACUUCCUCUGCCUGGCCUCGCCCGUGCUCUGGCUCUACGAGCUCAGCGCCGCCCGGCCGCCCGGCGCCGCCCGCCUGGCCCUGCACCUGCUGCUGCCCGCCGGGCUGCUGGACGCGCCGCUGCUCGCCCUGCGCUGCCUCCUGCUGCUGCGCUACCAGCAGCCGCUCUCCAUCUUCAUGCUCAAGAACCUCUUCUUCCUGGCCUGCCGCGGCCUCGAGGCCAUGGAGACCUGCUGCCUGCUCCGCCCCGCCGCCGGGGGCGCCAAGUACAGCGCGGCCCCUGGCCCGGGCCCCGGCGCCGCCCAGCUCAGCCACUGCAUCUCCGAGAACGACAUGGGGCCCCACGGCUACGUCAACACCCUGGCGGUCAGCGCCCAGAACUGA